AUGAUGUUUGAGAACUCACUGAGAAACAAGGCCUCCGAUUGCUCCAAAUCAGAAAUGAAAAGGGAAGAUGAAUCAGAUGAUGAUUGUGUUGAAACUUUGGACAAGUUCCCCCCCUGCCCAAAAUCAGGGGGCAAAUCUCCAUUAGCACCACCAGAUGUCAAAGAUGGUGUUGGGAGGAUGCAUGCAUCAACUACACAAGUGGAAAAGCUAUAG